AUGCUCGCGCGUGCGUCGACGCCGUGCGCGUCCUCGACGCGCGUCGCCCCGCGCGGGCGAUGCGGUAAAAAGUCUCGCGCGCGCACGCGCGUGCGCGCCGAGGAGACGUCCACGAGCGGCUCUCUCGCCACCGUCGUCACGGACGCCACGUUCGAGCAGGAUGUGCUCAAGUCCGAUACGCUCGUGAUGGUUGAUUUCUGGGCGCCGUGGUGCGGUCCGUGCCGCAUGAUCGCGCCGCUCAUCGAUCAACUCGCGGAGGAGUACCAAGGGAAGCUCAAAGCGGUGAAGCUCAACACGGACGAGUCUCCUAGCAUUGCCACCGAGUACGGGAUUCGCUCGAUCCCGACGGUGAUGUUCUUCAAGGGGGGGCAAAAGGUAGACACUGUGAUCGGCGCCGUGCCGAAGUCCACGCUCACGGGUACCAUUGAGAAGUACUUGUGA